GGCGCUGGAGUUUUGACCCUGAAAAUGAACUCUGGGAGACUUUUCCUUGUCAAGUUCUUACUGCUUUUAUUUUCCAGUGUAAAAUGUGCUGUCAACAAAACGAUUUACGUGGCAGUAAAUGACUCGGUUCUUCUUAACGUUGCUGCUGCUUUUAGCGGGAAUAUACGUGAAAUAACGUGGAGUAGAGACCAGAAGUUACUUCAGAUAAAAGAUAAAAAACCCAAGUAUUAUGUUAACAAGGACCAGUGCAGAUGUAUGAUAUUCCUGAAUGGGACUCUGAAAAUCCAGCAGCUGGUAGAAAGCGACAGUGGAAAGUACUCAGUAGUUGUUUAUGACCAUGAUGGAAAGUUCAAGACAGAAGAGAAAACCAUGCUCAUUGUUCAGGAACCUGUCCCUCAGCCAGACCUCACUGUUAACUGUACUAAUAAAUCCAUGUUGGUGAGAUGUGAAGGGAAGCAGAAGACUAAGGACCAUAUAUUUAUGACAGAAAUUAUACGAGAUAAAAUCAAAAAAAUCCAAAAGAAUGCAACAAAAGUGGAAUUUCUUACACCUUAUUCUGGGACGUUCAGAUGUGUGGUAAAGAACCAAGUCAGUGAAAAAACAGUUGAGAAGAAAAUUGAUUGUGCAGGUCAGCUGGACCUUUAUCUCAUCAUAGGCAUAGUAGGAGGCGUAAUCUUCCUUGUUAUCUUCAUAAUAUUGCUUAUUUACUGUAUCAGGAAGAAGAGAGCAGAAAGGCUUGAAGAAGAUGAUGAAGAGAGAAUGAUGCAAAUUCGCCAGGUGGACACAGAAAUGAUAGUCCGGGAGAUCCCUCAGCCACCCUCCAACCCUACCCCGAAGAAGCUGCAUGUGCAGCAGAGGCCUCUGCCACAGCCACAGAUGCAGCAGCAAGCAGUACCCCCACGACCUAGGCCACGCACACAGCAGCGAACUCCAAACCACCCAAGAGGAAGACCCUAA